GUUACCAAUUAUAAUUUGUGUUAAGAAGAUUUUGAUGAAUGAGUUCCAAUAAAGAAGAUAGCGACUCUGAGAACAUCCUCCGAAGCGAGAUUAAGAAGAAGUCAAUUCUUCCUAACAUUUUCGGAUCAAGACGAUUUGGUAAAGUAGAAGAAGAAGAAGAAGAAGAAGAUGCGUCUCAUAAUAAUAUGAACUACAGAGGAAUUAAUGAUGACCAAUACAACAACAACAACAAUGAUUUGGAGCGACGAAUGGCUUCUCGGAAGAAAUCGGUUCUUGACAACACUUCUCCAAUGAUUUGGAAGACUGCUUCUGAGAGGAAGUCAAGUCCUGGAAUUGAAGGCUUGAAUCUAUCGAGUUUCGAUAGACCUAUGGCUCCAACUACAGAGAUUCGUGAACUCAGGGUGUUUCUAGCUACGUGGAACGUAGGAGGAAGAACACCAAACAAUGAUCUUAACCUAGAAGACUUCUUACUCGUUGAAGGCACAGCUGAUUUAUAUAUCUGUGGGUUUCAAGAGAUUGUUCCUCUAAGUGCAGGAAACGUUUUAGUGGUUGAAGAUAAUGAGCCUGCAGCUAAAUGGUUAGCUCUUAUAAGUCAAGCUUUAAACAAACCAAGACAAGACUCUGUUUAUUCAAACGCAGCUUACUCUGCUUCAAGAACGACUUCUUCUUGUAGUAGUAGCUGUGGUAAUGAAGAAUCAAGAACACCAAGUAGUCUUAGUUUCUUUCAAAGACCGAACCUUAAAGUCUUGAGCAGAAACUUUCGUGUCGAUUCAAGUCUUUUGAAGACUUGUAACUGUCCGGUUAGUGAUAAUACUACUACUUCCUCGGUUGGUUGGGAAGCUAGGAGAUCGAAAAAGUUUAGUGAUCCUACUAUGACAGAUAACAGUAACAACAACAAUGCUGAGGCUGAGAAUUUUAGGGUUCAUGAGAAUUUCUUGUUUGAUGAUGUUCCUGCGACUACGAAGAUGCCUGGACAAAUGAGUUAUCGGUUGAUUGCUAGUAAACAAAUGGUUGGUUUGUUUUUGUCUGUUUGGGCGAGAAAAGAGUUGAUUCCACAUAUCUCUCAUCUUAGACUUGAUUCUGUUGGGAGAGGUAUCAUGGGUCGCUUAGGGAACAAGGGAUGUAUUGCUAUAAGCAUGUCAUUGCACCAAACGAGCUUUUGCUUUGUGUGUAGUCAUUUGGCAUCUGGUGAGAAAGAAGGUGAUGAGCUGAGAAGAAACGCAGAUGUAGCUGAGAUUCUGAAACAUACUCAAUUCCCUAAACUCACCAAGAACCCUAUUUGUCGCGCACCCGAAAGAAUCAUUGAUCAUGACCGAGUACUUUGGCUUGGAGAUUUGAAUUACAGAGUUGCUUUAACCUAUGAAGAGACAAGAGUAUUACUAGAAGACAAUGAUUGGGACACUCUUCUUGAGAGAGACCAGCUAAACAUGGAAAGAGGAGCAGGAAGAGUCUUCUCAGGAUUCCAAGAAGGUCAAAUCUUUUUUGCUCCGACCUAUAAGUACUCUCAGAACUCAGAUGCUUAUGCUGGAGAAAUGACCAAGUCCAAGAAAAAACGCCGCACUCCUGCUUGGUGUGAUCGGAUUCUGUGGAGAGGUGAAGGCAUAGAACAGCUUUCAUAUAUUCGUGGCGAAUCGAGGUUUUCGGAUCAUAGACCGGUUUGUGCGAUCUUUGCAGUAGAAGUUGAUGUGAAGAGUCUGAACAAAGGUAGAUUCAGGAAAGGUUAUUCUUUAGCGGGUGCAAGAUUGGUUGAAGAUUGCAUUCCACAAAGGCAUAGUUUUUAUGACUAAGAUUUGUUACAAUUCUUUUUGAAAAUGAAAAAAAAAAAAAAAAAAAAAGG